GUUCAGUCUCUCUCCGUCUGUCUGUCUGUCGGUGGUGAUCUCCACUCAGGAAGCAGGACUCUGUAGCCGUGAUGCAGCGGGCUCUGUUCAGCCGCAGCUCGCUGCUCCUCCAGCAGGCAGCAGCGACCCUCGACGGUCCGCUGGCCGUGAGGGGCGCUCCUCUCUGCCGCUCCAUGUCCUCCGUCACCAUCCCGCCUCCAGCCUGCAUGCUCCGGCCGCUGGAGGUCCCUCUGCGUCACCUGUUCGGACCGGGACCCUCCAACGUGCCUCCACGUAUAUUAGCAGCACAGGGCAGGCCGAUUAUAGGUCACCUGCAUCCAGAAAUGUAUGAGAUCAUGAACGACAUCAAGCGAGGCAUCCAGUACAUCUUCCAGACGGAGAACAACAUGACUAUAGCGAUGAGCGGCUCCGGCCACGCGGCCAUGGAGUGCGCGGUGUUCAACACUGUGGAGCGCGGAGAGAGCGUGCUCGUGGCCAUCAACGGAAUCUGGGGAGAGCGCGUGGCAGAGAUUGCAGAGAGAAUGGGUGCCAAUGUACAUAGAAUGGUAAAAGCACCUGGAGGAUAUUUCAGCAAUAAGGAAAUUGAACAGGCCAUGCAGAAACACAAGCCUGUCUUGUUUUUCCUCACACACGGAGAGUCCUCCGCUGGCCUCUGUCACCCAGUAGAUGGCAUUGGAGACAUCUGCAGAAAACAUAACUGCCUCUUCCUGGUUGACACAGUCGCAUCUCUUGGUGCAGCACCAAUUUUUAUGGACAAGCAAAAUAUUGACAUCCUGUACAGUGGUUCUCAGAAGGCUCUGAACGCGCCUCCUGGAACAGCACCCAUCUCCUUUAAUGACAGAGCAUGCCACAAGAUGUUUAACAGGAAAACAAAGCCAGUAUCCUACCUCUUUGAUAUGACACAUUUGUCCAACUACUGGGGCUGUGAUGGCCAACCAGCCAGAGUAUACCACCACACUGGUCCAGUGUCUGGAUUCUUCGCCCUGAGAGAGAGUCUGGCUAUUGUUGCUGAGAAGGGGCUGGAGGCGUCUUGGAAGAAACACAAAGAGGUGUCAUCCUAUCUGUACAGAGGACUGGAAGACUUGGGCCUCAAGCUCUUCAUCCCUGAACGGGAGUUGAGGCUUCCCUCCGUCACCACCAUUGCCAUCCCUGACGGCUACAACUGGAGGGAGUUGCUGGCCUACAUCAUGAAACACCACCAGAUGGAGAUGACCGGAGGCCUGGGCCCUUCCAUUGGCAUGGUGAUGAGGAUCGGAUUGAUGGGAUACAACUGUGAGAAGACUAAUGCUGACAUGGCACUGCAUGCCCUGGCAGAUGCUCUCAAGAACUGCAAAAAGAGCAAGGCUUAAGAGGUCCAGAUUCCCUGGCCACUCACCCUGUAUACUCAUACAUUAAGGAAUAAAAUGUAAACAUCCAGUGACCCCCACAUGAGGCACACCUGGAACAGUGCAUAAAGUUCAGGAUUUUUUCUGUGCUUUUGACUGCAUAUAUUUUAUAAAACCUAUAAGGCCAUGUGCCUUUAUUGUAGAAGUAGGCUAGUUUUGAAAUAAAGUAGAUAUUGUCAUAUGGUCCAUACUAAGUGCACUGAAACAUGUCAAUAAAGUGUGCUUUAAUUUAUCAAA